AAAUGAUAACGGCGCUAGGGGCGGUGUUAGCAGACAGACAUUUUCUGCAGAGCAAGUAAAGUAGGGUUAUAACUUUUCUUUAAAUACAGUGGAUUUCUUACUCAUCAGGGAAGAAACUUUGGAACAGUAGGGACAGAGGAGCUCGGCACGGCGGAGAGAUGGACAUGCAGCAGGAGGUGUCGAUGGCCGAUUAUGAGUUUGACGCGCCUUCGGUCGUGAUUGAUUUCAAGUCCCUGGACAGGGAGGACAAUGCAGAUCACUGGUUCGACCAGAUAGCUGAGCCAGAGUCCAAGACGAUGGAUUUGCAUACCACUCCGUUUAAGGCUAAGGGAGAAGCGAAGACCGAUGUGCCCAAAGCCUUUGUUUUACCCAUGGUGCACGAUGCCAAUCGCGGGACAGAGUGCGGCGCCGAAGGAGAGAAACCGUCUGCUCCUGCUGUUUCUUCAAACUUGGUGACCUCCUGGAGCCACUGGCCAUCUACAGACAACCAGCCUCAGAGAAAGGCUCUUCCAGCACAGCCCAGGAGAGUUUCUAAAAGAUUGUCCGGCCAUCAGAAGAUGGAAAACCAGCGGAAGCAAAUGGCCAAAAUUCGUGAGGAAAAGAGGAGGAGUGCAGCAGCCACUGUUCCUCAUGCAGGAGACCCUCCUGUUAAAAAACUAAGAAAAAGCAGAAAUUUAAAUCUACCUCAGCUGUCAAGAGCAAAUGUGCCUCAUCGAAUAAAAAGGAGUGCAAACCAUACUACUCGGGAAGAGACGAUUUCAGAAACCACCAGGUGGGCUAAUGAGUCCCAAACUAAAGGCAGAUUACGAUCGACCACACCAACUGUGCUCAAGAGAAGCAACUCGUCGGCCAAGUUUAAAAGCACAGAGCAGCAGGAGCUGGAGAAGAUCCACAGUCUCCAGAAGGAGGUGGCCGAGCAGCGGAAGAAGAAUGAGACCACCUUCAAGGCUGCCAUUGCUGGAAGUCAGCCGGCUAAAAAGACCGUCAUUCCCCAUACCGUUCCUGUGGACUUCCACUUUCGCACGGAUGACCGGAUUAAGCCGCAUGGUGACCACCAAUCGGACGCGAGCUACAAAGAGGUGGAUUUUGCGGCCCAACUUCGGAAGCACCCACCUUCGCCUGCAAAGGUUUCAAAAGGCCACACCAUUCCCAAGCCUUUCAACCUGUCCAGCGGCACAAAAAGGAAGUUCGAGGAAACGGCUUACGUCCCCAUGGCGCAACAGAUCGAGCAGUUUAUAGAGCAGAUUCACCAGUUCAAGUUUAAAGCACUGGAGCUGAAUCGCAAAGUCCUGGAUGGAGCUCUUGUGCCGAAGAAGCCUCCUGUGAAGGAAUCCACCCAGCCCAUCGGCUUCGACCUGGAGAUCGAGAAGAGGCUGCAGGAGAGGGAGGCCAGCAAGAAGCCAGAGGCCCAGGACGAGUAUACUUUCCAUUCGAGACCACUGCCUGUGAAGAUACUUGAAGAUGUCGUGGGUGUGCCCGAGAAGAAGCACUUGCCCCCAACGGUACCGCAGUCUCCAGCUUUUGCACUGAAGAACAGGGUCCGCAUCGAGACCAGGAAGGAGGAGGAGAAGGAGUGUCCUGUGAUUAAGGCCCAUCCAAUGCCGCACUUUGGACUUCCUUUCCAACCUAAACCCCUGGAAAAUAAACAUGUGGAAGUGUGUCCGUUUUCAUUUGAUGCCCGCGAGCGCGAGAGACUGGCUCUCAAAGAAAAGAAAUUGGAGGAGCUUCGCCAUGAGGAGGUUCCCAACUUCAAAGCUCAGCCGCUGCCUGACUUCAGUGAAGUCCACUUGCCCGAGAAGAAGGUGGCUGAAGCCACCAAGGUGCAGCCCUUCAAACUGCUCAUCGAUGAGCGGGGCGCCAAGAAGACCGAACACUGGGAGCAAGCGCUUAAGGAAGAGUUGAGGCAGCAGGCCGAGGCUGCCUCCUUCAGGGCGCGUCCCAACACUGUCACCCACAAGGAGCCCUUCGUUCCCAAAAAGGAGAACAGACCAACUACAGUGACAGAGGGAUUUCAGUUGUCUACAGAGCGGCGGGCGAAAGAACGAAUGGAGUUUGAUCACAUUGUCGCAGAGAAAGAGAGGCAAAGGGCGCUGAAGGAAGAGGAGGAGAGGAGGGAGCAGGAGGAGAAGGCAAAGGAGGAGAUAUCGAGACUCCGCCAGGAGCAGGUGCACAAAGCUCAACCAGUCAGACGUUACAAGCCAUUGGAGUUGAAGAAAAGCGAGGUUUCGCUCACAGUUCCUCAGUCUCCUAAUUUCUCAGACCGAUUUCGUGUGUGAAGUGAUGAGCUACUUUAUGCAAGCUGAGACUCCAGGCCAACAUAAGGCUCUUAAAUCUGGCCAUCAGUAACUUUAAAGAACUU